ACAACAUAUUGGCAUGAAUACGCCCUCCUUCUGGAGCUCGCUGGAUUGUGGAAAUGGUUUCUGCACAGGAUGUUUUUGAUGAACCUCUGAAGAUGCUGAAGCUGUUAGCAGUUUUUGUGUGAUCAUCACACUGAGAAAUGACGCUUGAUGCAGAGCACAUCAUCAGUGAAACUUCGCUGUUUGUGCUGAGUUUGACUCGGGACGCCGCGGAUGAUGCGUGCAGGCGCUGCUGUCUGCUGGUCGCGUUGCUCCUCCUCGAUAGACUUUUAGAUUCAAGAGUGUGAACGGACUUCAACCGGAAACUAAACGCCUUUCUUCGAACUUUCUGUCUGAGGCAAAAGAAGGAAAAGAGACGACCCCUGAUGUCAUAAACAACGCGGUUCCUUAUUUUCUUCGUUGUGCGUUGUGUCGGAAAUGUGUGAGCUGCCGAUCAACAGGGGAGAAGAAAAGUGUUUGUGCGAGGAUCAGGGAGACGUCGAGUGAUUUUAGGCUUGUCAACACUCACACAUAACGGAUUUUGGUCCUUUAUCAUGGAAGAUGGGGCAAAAGAGGACCCAGCCCAGUGGAAAGAGCCAAAAUUCCUGGGUAAGGCUGGCUGGGUGAAGAAGGCUUCUGGCAGACUGUUGGCAAGCUAUAAGGACCGCUUCAUCCAUGUGGAGAAGACAGAGGUUGUGGUAUAUGAAAAUGAGGACCUGCAGAACUGCUUAGAGAGGCUUGACCUGGAAAACUAUGAUAAAUGCCAUGAAUUAAAAAGCCCCUUCAAGAAGAAGCACAGACUGAUACUGAUUCGAUCACCCAAGUCUGGAAAUAAGGUCCAUGAUGUGAAGUUCCAAGCUCAGACUGCAGAGGAGAAGGAGGCUUGGAUUAAAGCUGUGAGUGAUGCCAUCAGUCGAGCAAAGAACAAGGUCUUUGAUGAGGUGAGGAUCGAUGAAAGCAGUAAUUUAGAGCAUGUUACUCGAACAAGGCCUAAAGGGAACCGUAACCGCCGGCCACCAACCAGGAUACACAUGAAAGAGGUAGCCAUUAUGUCGUCUGAUGGUAUCCAGCGUUUGGAUCUUGAUCUUGAGGAUGCCUUGAUAGCAAAUGGGAACCAUCAUGCCAGUGUUGGCACUGAGACCCCCAAACAGGCCAUCCAAGUCCCAAUGCCUCCGUCCAAAGAAGCCACCAACAAACAGUCAGGGUCAUUUGUUGAGGAGGAGACUCUGACUGAGCCAGAGGUCAGUCAGCAGAAAAAUGUCAUCAGACCUCCAAUGCCCCCUACUCAAGAGGUUGUACCCAGUACAACAGGGGAUGAACCUGAUAAGGAUGAUGGCUUAGUGAAAAAGGUCCUGAAGCCACCUAUGCCUCCAUCUAAAGAAAGCAAGGCCUGUGUUUCAUCUGUUGAAGAAGAUACAGAGAAGGCCAAAGUUGAGAAGAUGUCUGAAAAGAAUCCUGAUGCCAGGAAAAAGACAGGUCCGCCACCAACCCCUCCCAACAAACCCAGCUCCAGCAUGAGCAACUUUGUGGAGGCCUCACAAUCCAAGCCAAACUCCCACCCUCCUACCCCUCCAUCCAAAGAGAAGAAACCCUCCCAUCACGCUGUGGAGCCAGACCAACAGAUUCAAGGCACAUCUGAUGAGAGUAAGGGGAGAGAAAACAGUACGAAGGAGGUGAAAGAAACAGCUGUGGAAACAGAUGAGGCAGAACAGUUGAUCUCUACAGAAGCUGUACCUACUGUCAAAGAUGAUGAAGCUGAGAGUUCCAGCACAGAAGGACAGGUUUCUGUAAAAGAAUCAGGGGAGACUAUAAGCAGUGGCGUAAACAAGCCAUCUGUCAAUGAGCCACAAACACCCACAGAGUCACUCAAAAAGGGCCCUAGUCCUCUUCUAACCCCCAAGAAAAAGUCUGAGGAACCUGUUUGGCCUGAUAUGCAACACACAGAGGACAAAACAACUAUAACGUAUCCUACUGAGGGACAGGACCCUUCUGCAUUGCUGCAAACAGCCUCAGAUACCUCAGCCAGUUCUCCUCAAACAGAAGAGGCACUACCCAAGAGUGAAGUCCCCUCAGUAGUGAUCUCUUUGAAUGACCCUGCCACUGACAGCCUUAGCCUGAGUCCACUGCUCUGUCAGAUGCAUGGGGACAAGAAAAAGAAGGCAGAGGAAAAAUCUGUAGACAGUGGUCAGCACUCAGACGAUGACAGUGAAGGCUCUGGGAGUGAAGACACACUGGCAGCAUCCACAGCUGCAUUGAGAGGAAGCCAGGCUGCUCUGGAUAUGUUGGAUGCCAGCGAGGACGACAUUCAAAUCUCUUUUAAUUUAAGGCCAACACAGUCCACAACCAAGGCUCAGGUUAGAUCAAAGGUAUUUCCAUGUCAGCGCUUAGAGCCUAAUUCUCUCAAACCAUCAACCAAGGCCAGGUCAGCUUCCAUUGGAGAUCUGGUGUCUGAUUCCUCGGCCUGUAUUCAGGUGGGACAGCAUACCAGAGCUGUGGCUGGAAACGAUGGGACUUCUGGUGGUGACUUCAUGAAACUUGAGGCUGAAGUGGCUCUAGAGAUGGAAAAGACGAGCGAGCUCCUGAGCAGAGUGUCCCAGUCCCAGAGGGGAGAUGAUGGGGAGGGCUUGCCAGAGGACCUGCUGGCCAAAGCCAUGGAAAAGCUGAUGAAGGCUGAUCGUGUUCUCAGGGAGGUCAAGAAACUGAAUCCUGUGAAGAGCUCAAGCAACAGGAAGAGCUGGUGAAUGACAGUCAAAGCAGACUGACUUGGAUUUGACCUUUUGCUAAACCCCUCUCCUUAACAAUGACUGUCCAGUCAUAGCUUAGCAAUGUUAAAUAGCCACAGCAGACCUGUCAAGGUUUUGAUUUCUCCACACACUGUACAGUUUGCAUGAGACUGUAGUAAGGUGAUGUAUGGUAUAUGAGUUUGGAGGUUAUCUUUUUUAGCCCUUUCAAGAGCAAAAGUGUCUGCUUUAAUGAAAGCUGCAGUCCUUAGUAUUUCUGGCUAACUAGCUUACUUCCUACAAUAGUAAUCUAGCAAUACUUUCAAGUAGCCUGUCAUUGCCUAACCACAUUAGUUUGUUUAGAGAUUAGAGAGAUUAAAGAUUACAGUUUACAAAAAUGUCAUGACCAGCACGUCUGCUAUGUGCUAUAUCCCCAAUAUGUGGAGGACAGUUCUGGAUACUAUAAGAGUUUAGGCUGACUUAGUGGCUCUGUCCUGUGCUUCUUUGGAUUUGGGUAGUUUGCUUUCAAGCAGCUAUAGGCAACAGUAGUGUUCAGUUUGAAAAAUAUAUCCUAAAUGCCUUUUCAGUUGUAAUAUUAAAAGUUAAUGAUAUUGUUUGGAAUCUGCCUGUAACAGUGACGGCUAGAAAUGUGAAGCUGCUUUUGUCUUCCUCUGUCUGAAAUCAAAGACUUACUAGUCAAAACUUUUGUGAAGAAUUUUGAGCGGUAAAUUUGACACAGUUAGCGUUGUACACUGCAUACUGUAUGUGCUGUGUGAGAUUGGAAAGCCUGACAGGUGUAGCAACAUUAGCUAAUAGGGGUCAGGGUUUAGCGAACGGUCAACUGAUGGACUUGGGCAGAAUGAUAGAAGUCUCUCAUUUUUGAAGGUUAUGUAGCACAUACAACUGUUUGCUCAUAAUUAACUAAGUGCACUUAUUUCUAGUUUAACUUUCUCUGCAACUGGAAGCUGAAAUGCUUAAUAUUGUAAGUGUGUUGUUGUUGUUUGUUGUAUAUAAAAUAUUGGACAGUUUCAAAAAGAAUUACUUCAUAGCUAUUUUGACAAAUAAUAAUAUAAUGAUAAAGCAGUACUGUCAAAACAUGCAACAAAGUACUAAAAUUGUUAAUACUAGAUUACACAGCUGUUUUAGUAGUUAGUACAAUUCAAGAAGCCUUUUCUCCUAUUUUGAGAUACCUUUUUUUCGGUAUUUUAUGAGCAAAUUUAUAUUGUACAUACUGUAUACUUUUAAAAAGAUGUACCAACAUAGCUCAGGAGUUUUUUUUCUGAAGUUAAUCUUUUAGGACUAUAUGUGAUUAAAACAAAACGAACAAUGAACAAAUGCUGCACCACAUAGAAUGCAUACUGUAUUGUGUACAUAGCACAGAACAAAGCAUUUCCAGCAGCCUAUCACUAACCCCUCUUACAACAUGUGCUCAUCAGUGAUGUUCCCCACAAUUUCAAUCAUGAACUAAAAAAUGUCCCCUAUUUUUUUGUCCAGUGUGUUGUUAAAAGAUCUGCCAGAAUAUGCAAUUCCAUUUAGAGUAUGUAGGAAUAUUUUCUAAUAUUAGAUAUAAUUUUGUACUCUUUGAUACAAUUUGCUAUUGCCCAAAUAAACAAAGGGAAACUA